AUGGAGAUUACAUAUGUUCCUCAUCGAUGGAGAUACAAUGCCUUUGUAAGUUUCAGAGGUGAAGAUAURCGUARAAGUUUCAUCGAUCAUUUGUUCAAAGAUUUCAGGCAAAAGGGAAUUCUUGCUUUUAGAGAUGACACUCAAUUGCCAAGAGGAGAAGAGAUAUCUUCUGAACUCUACAAGGCCAUUGAAGAAUCAAGGUUUUUGAUAGUUAUCUUSUCCAAAAACUAUGCCUCUUCAACAUGGUGUUUAAGGGAACUUGUAAAAAUCCUCGAGUGCAAGCAAUUGGGAGAGCACAAACAUGAGCUUCGGAUUAUAUUUUAUGAUGUUAAGCCUAAUGUUGUGAGGAAACAAACUGAGAGCUUUGCAGAAGCAUUUGACAAAUAUGAAGUUUCAAACAAAACAGAGGUGGAUAAAUGGAGAAAAGCUUUAUUCACGGCAAGCAAUUUAUCUGGAUGGGAUCUCCAAGACAUGGUAAAUGGCUAUGAGUCCAAGCUCRUUGAUAGUAUCUCCAGSGAAAUACUUGAGAAGUUAUGUAUUGGACCCUUACAUAUCGGUGAAAAUCUAGUAGGGGUGGAUGCUCGUUUAAAUAAUCUAAACUUGUUGCACAUUGUUGGUUCUAGUAAGGUUCACAUGAUUGGAAUAUGUGGUGUUGGUGGUAUAGGAAAGACAACACUUGCCAAAACUAUAUAUAACCUCAUGUAUAUCCACUUUGAGGAAUGUAGCUUUUUGGAAGAUGUCCAAGGAUCCACAAAACGACAUGGACUAACUCAGGUUGUAAUGCAACUUAUUAAUGACAUCAUGAAAACAGCAGAUGUGAAGGUAUCCAACAUCAGUCAAGCAAUUAUGGUAAUGAAGCAGAUGAUAGCAUCUAGGAGCAUCCUACUUGUUGUAGACGGUGUCGAUCAUCAAGAACAGUUAGAUGCACUAGCAGGUUCUUGUAAUUGGUUUURUCCGGGAAGUUUGAUUAUUUUCACAAGCAAGGACAAACGGUUGCUAGCUCAUAAGGUGGAUGAAAUMUAUGAUAUGGAACUGUUAGAUGAUGUCGAAGCUCUUGAGCUCUUUAGCUUGUAUGCCUUUAGACAAAAACAACCUACAAAACACUUCAUCGAGCUUGCUGACCAAGUUGUGGAUUAUGUGCAAGGGCACCCUUUGGCUCUCAAAGUUUUGGGUUGUUUUUUGUAUGGUGAGACCGUACAUGUGUGGAAAAGCGAACUGGAUAAGUUGCGGACAUAUCCCAAUGCAGACAUACAAAAAUUGCUUCGAUUAAGUUUUGACGGAUUAGACUCCAUUCAACAAAGGGUCUUUCUUGAUAUUGCAAGUUACCUUAUCGGGGAAACUAAAGAUUUUGCAGCGAGUGUACUAGAUAGUUGUGACUUUUUUGCUGAUACUAGUAUCAAAACUCUAGUUGACAGGUCAUUAAUUACUAUUUCCAGCACURAGUUACUUCAAAUGCAUAACUUGAUUCAAUGCAUGGCAAUGGAGAUUGUUCGUGAAGAGUCUAAGCAGGUUGGGGACCGAAGCAGAUUGUGGAUUCAAUCAGAGGUUUGUGAUGCAUUGAGAAGAAAUAAGUUAAGGCUGUUUUAUUGGCAUGGAUACCCUUUCGACUUCUUACCAUCCAAGUUUUAUCCGGAAAACAUUGUUUCCAUUGACAUGUCUUUAAGCAAUAUAAAAAAUCUCUGGACAACACCCAUGUGUUUUAGGAAGUUGAAACGGAUGACGUUGAGCUACUGCCAUCACCUAACAAAUUUGCCCGACUUCACAGAGAUUCCAAAUCUUGAAUAUCUAUAUCUUAAUGGUUGUGUAAAUUUGGUUGAAGUUCACCCGUCUGUUGGUCUGCUCAAGAGGCUUAUUUACUUGAGUUUGAAAAAUUGCUAUAACCUCCGGAGUUUCCCAGACAAAGUGCAAAUGGAUUCUCUUAGACAUUUGAUUAUCUGGGGAUGCUCAAAAGUGGAGAAUUGGCCUAAGGUGUUAGGCAAAAUUAAGACUUUGAUAGAGCUUGGUGUUGAUCUACCUGCCAUAAACGAACCUCCAUCUAUUGUAUCCUCUAUAAGCAACCUUCAAUCAUUGUUGAUUCAUGGACACGAGCGGAUCCGGUCUAGAUGGCGGAAUUCAGAGUUUCAACCUUCAUCUUCACCAAGUAAAUGGCAUCAUCCCCAAAGUUUUGUGAUCCCUUCGUUUGCGAGUCUACAUUUUCUUAAACAUCUACACGUUAGCAACUGCAAUAUAUCUGAAGUGAGCUCUGACAUCUUUGAAGCCUUAUCUUGUUUAGAAGAAUUAGACCUUCAUGGGAAUAGUUUUUCUAGCUUGCCUGCAAGUUUGAGUCAACUAAAUCAACUUGAAUAUCUUGAUAUUAGUGAUUGCGAGAAGCUUGAAGUAUUGCCAGAAAUUCCUCCCAAAGUUUAUUCUUUUGCAGCAUAUGGUUGCACCUCGUUGCACGAUGUGCGGAGACGACUACCAAUCAUGCAUCCUAGGGGUUUGCAGAUAUAUCUCUUUGGUUGUCGAAAAUUGGUCGAGAAACAUACUAUUGAAAGCUUGAGGAGAUCAUUGGCAAGGGCCAAAAACGUAUUAGGCGAUACGAAGAACGGACAACGUCAGGGCAACAGGGAGUGGCAAAGAGGAGCGAUACCGUCGUUCGCAAAGGAUUUUAUUCUUGUAGGGUUUGGUAACGGUAAAACUGAUUUAGGUAAGAUUUUAGCUCAUCAAUACGGAUCGUAUGCAACAAUUUACCUGGAAAGCGAUAAUCAG